AUGACGCAAGCGGAAGACAUUGAUCUCGUUUCUGAGGACGAGGGAGAAGAGGUUGAUGAUGACGUAGAUGGUUCCUGCCCGAUUAUUAGGCUGAGUAGGGAGGAAAAGGUCCGCUUGUGCAGCAAGUGGAAGCAAACUCUAAUAGUGAAGGUGAUGGGUCGUAGCAUUGGGUAUGCCUACCUCCUCAAGAGACUCACAUCUUUAUGGAAGCUGAAGGCAAGAAUGGAGCUGGUGUCCAUUGAUAAUGUGUAUUUUUUGGCGAAGUUUGCAUCGGUGGAUGACUACGAGUUUGCAAAGUACGGAGGACCUUGGAUGGUCCUUGAGCAUUACCUCAUUGUUAAGGAAUGGGUGCCAAACUUCGAUCCAUUUACCAAUAGAACCGAAAGCAUGAUCGUGUGGAUUCGAUUCCCAUGUCUUCUUGCAGAAUACUUUGAUCACAAGAUUAGACCUGUUGUGUAUGAAGGAUUGCACUCUAUCUGUUUCAAGUGUGGGAUGUGUGGGCACUCGGCAGAAACAUGUGCAUUGAACCAGCAAGAAAAUUCCACCCAAGACCCAAACAUGGAGGGGGAGAGCCGAUCGGAGACAAUGGUCGGCACCGGUAAUGGCUACGCAGAAAGUGGAAAAGGAAAGAGGAAUAACAAUAGGGAACCUACCAUAAUCAGACCAGAAAUCACGCAAGACUAUGAGUCAUGGAUGAUAGCGACAAAACCAAAAAGGAAUUAUGCUAGAAAUCAAGGAAAUAACGGACAAGGUGGGAGAAGAAACGGGAAAAAGGAUCAGAAUGUAAAUGGAAAAGGAAAGGAAAAUAACAUGCAAUAUGGGUCCAGAUACGCAAACCUCGCAGACGACAGUACUGAGGGGGAUGAUCAGGUAGUAGAAGAAAUAAUGCGUGAACAGAUGGAAAGUGAUAUUCGAAACCAAAGCCCCAAAGUUAUGGGCCAGUUGAAAGCAAAAAGGCCAACAACCCAAGUGUCGGAGAAGCAAAUCAACGGGAAUAAUGUGCAUGGGACGCACAGGAAACAGUUUGAAGCUGGAGAACCAAGCACAAAGAGAAAGGCGAGCAAGAACUCAUCCGGGAGACAGACCAAUCAAGCCGGGGCAGCUAUGGAACACACAUUGGUUAUGGGUGAUAAGAAUGGUACAAAGACAGUGCAUGUUGUCAACCUUGAGCUUGGUGCUAAAGGAGAUCGCAUGGUCGGAAUGGAGGAUUUCAUGGAACACUACGGUGACCCACCUGACGCCUUGCAUGGAAAUGUCACGGAGCUGACAAAUUUUAAUGGCGAGGAGUUAGGCUUGGAAGAGUUAGGCGCAGUUGAGAUGGAACUGGAGUCGUCAUCACCUGGAACUGUCAAGGAGCAGCGUCUAGGAGUUUUCUUAGAGCAGCAAAAUGGCUAUGAAAAGUGGGCAAGAGUGAAAGCCCUUGGCUUUAGUGGGGGAAUAUGGAUUCUAUGUCCGGUGCCUCAUCUUCGUCAGAGACUUUGGAACUCGUUACGAAGAAAUAAUGUCCAGGUUCAGUACCCGUGGUUGAUCGCGGGUGAUUUUAAUGCGAUUGUUAGCCAAGAUGAAUACUCAUCACCCAGCAAUACCAGAGCUCACAGAAAUAGCAACUUCCGGAACUGGAUCUUUGAUGAAGCCUUGUUCGAUCUAGGCUUUUCGGGCCAGAAGUUUACUUGGAAGAGAGGUAAGGAAAAGGAGCUAAUGGGGGAUACAGAAGUGUCGCAUCUCGCUACUCACUACUCAGACCAUUGCCCCAUUUUGAUCAACUUGGAUAACAGACCAAAUAGGGAUAAAAAUUUAUUUAUGUUUAAGGGGGCCUGGACGAGACAUCGCUCUUUUCUUGAGGUGGUUAGACAGAAUUGGAAGAGUGAAGACAUACUUGAAAGGAAAAUCAGAAAGGAACUGGAGGAAACGCUGCACCAGGAGGAAAUGCUCUGGUUUCAGAAGGCUAGGGAAGAAUGGAUUGCAUCCGGAGAUCACAGCACUAAGUUUUACCCUGCUGCAACUAAAUCAAAGAAGGUGAGGAAAGGAGGGCACAACAUUCUGGAUGGAGAAGGGAAUCCCAUGAUGGAUGAAACUCAAAUUGAGAAAGCUAUUCAGGACUAUUUCACAGGUAUUUUCACCAAGGAUAUUGAAGUUGAUAUUAGUUGUGUUCCGAAGGGUAAAUUCCCCACUUUGUGUGAGAAUGACUGGAAUACCUUUAAUAAGGAAUUCUCUUUGGAAGAAAUUCAUUCUGCCCCCUUUUAUAUGAAACCACUCAAAGCUCCAGGGUCGGAUGGUUUCCAUGCAUCCUUUUAUCAGAAAGCUUGGCAAGUGGUAGGGCAGUCAGUUUUCAAACAAGCUGACAUGUUCCUGAAGUCUGGUAUGAUGGCUGAGGGCAUGAAUGACACUUUGAUUGCACUUAUCCCAAAGAAAAAUUGCUCUACGAGUGCUAGUCAGUACCGACCGAUUAGCCUUUGUAAUGUUAUUUACAAAAUUAUUACAAAGGCUAUGACCAACCGCAUUAAACCCAUCUUGAGAAAACUGAUUGGUCAGGAACAAAGUAGCUUUGUACCGGACAGGCAGAUCACGGUUAACAUUUUGAUCUACCAAGAAGCUAUCCACUCUUUGAGGAACAGACAAGGUAAAAAGGGUCAUAUGAUUCUUAAAAUUGACCUUGAAAAAGCCUAUGACAGGCUUAACUAG